AUGCUAGGAACUCCCAUUCUAAGGAGGAAUGGUUACGUCCUUAAGAAAAAUUUAAAAUGUUUUUCAAGGUCAUCAACUUGUAGAAAUUUAAUUUACAGAAACUCCUCUUUACAAUUACUGAAAAAUAAAAGGUUUUACUCUACUGAGCAACAACGUGGAGUUGAUAACAAUGACGGAUCAUCAACUUCUUCCUCAUGGUUGAGUUAUUUCUUCACUACAACUAUAUCUGCCACCGCAGGUUACCUCCUAGCAACAACAUUCAUGAUUGACAAUGAGAAGAAAUUAAACAAAUUAGAGAAAUCAAUAAUUAAAAACGUUGAAGUGACAGCCAAAUCUACAUUGCCCCUAACCGAUCUAGAAUCGCCCAACUAUACACACGAUGAAGCUACCGAAGAAAUGAUAAUGUCCAAACUAAAAGAAAUCUUAGGUAACAAUCCAGAAAAUUACUCCAUCCACCCCUCGGAAUUGAAUGCCCAUUCAGACACUCAAUUCAACACACAUCAUCCAAACCCAAACAUUCGUCCUAAGAUCAUAUUAUUCCCUCAUUCCACAGAAGAAAUCUCUCAAAUUUUAGCCUUUUGUAACGAAUAUAAAGUCCCCAUCAUACCAUUCUCAGGUGGGACAUCUUUAGAAGGUCAUUUCCUCCCCACUCGUGCCAAUUGUCUCGUCACUAUCGACAUAUCCAAAUAUAUGAACAACAUAAUCAAAUUGAAUCAAAAAGAUCUAGACAUCACAGUACAAGGUGGUGUAGGAUGGGAAGAUUUGAAUGAUUAUUUGGCAGACUAUGGUCUCAUGUUUGGUUGUGAUCCUGGUCCUGGUGCUACAAUCUCUGGUGCUGUCGCUAACUCAUGCUCAGGAACAAAUGCUCAAAGAUAUGGGACUAUGAAAGAAAAUGUUAUAAACAUGACUGUUGUAUUACCAGAUGGAACUAUAGUGAAGACUAAAGGUAGACCAAGGAAAUCAAGUGCUGGGUAUAAUUUGAAUGGAUUGUUUACUGGUAGUGAAGGUACAUUAGGGAUCAUUACUGAAGUUACUAUUAAAUGUCAUGUUAUAUCGAAAUUUGAGACUGUUGCGGUAGUUUCAUUCCCAAGUAUUCAAGAUGCUGCAUCUUGUGCUUCUAAUGUUAUACAACAAGGUAUUCAAUUGAAUGCAUUGGAAUUAUUGGAUGAUAAUAUGAUGAAAUUGAUUAAUAAAUCUGGUGCUACCACUAGAAGUGAUUGGAUUGAAAAACCAACAAUGUUUUUCAAAAUAGGUGGUAUUACUCAAAAUAUUGUUAAUGAACUAGUUAAUGAAUUGGAAAAGAUUGCUCAUGAGAAUAAAUGUGAAAAUUUCCAAUUUGCUAAAUCAGAUGAAGAAAAAGUGGAAUUAUGGGAAGCUAGGAAAGUUGCCCUUUGGUCUGUCUUGGACGCGGGUAGAACCACUGAUUUACAUGCAAGAGUUUGGACUACAGAUGUUGCAGUACCAUUUUCUAAAUUCCCAGAAGUUAUUGAAAAGACUAAAGAAGAAUUAGAUGAGUCAGGAUUGAUUAAUGCAAUUGCGGGACAUUCUGGUGACGGUAAUUUCCAUUCAUUUAUCAUCUAUAGAAAUGAUGAAGAGCGUGCAAAAUGUACAAAAAUAGUCUCUAAUAUGGUUAAAAGAGCCAUUGAAGCAGAGGGAACAUGUACAGGUGAACAUGGUGUAGGUAUCGGUAAGAGAGACUUUGUAUUACAAGAAUUGGGUACGGAACCGGUUGAUUUAAUGAGAAAGAUUAAAUUAACCAUUGAUCCUAAUAGAAUAAUGAACCCAGAUAAAGUUUUCAAGACCGAUCCCAAUGAGCCAGAAGAUGAUUAUAUAUAA